AUGGACAACCCCAUCCGGAAGAUGUAUGCACCACUGAUGGUUAAGACUGGUGGGAAGGAGAUCCCUGUGGAAAUGGAGAACACGAUGGCUGUCCAGGAGUUUAGUCUGGAGGGCUUUCCCAUGGUCCAGGACCUGGGGAAAGUCCUCUUCUUGGUGCACCUGCUAGCCUACCUGGCCUCCAUGGCAGGGAAUGUCAUCAUUGUCACCAUCAUCUGUGCCAGUGCACGCCUCCAGACACCCAUGUAUUUCCUCCUCAGCACCUUUUCCUUUCUCGAGUGUUGCUUCAUCAGUGCUGUUAUUCCCAAGUUACUAGUCAUCUUUCUUUUAGGCAAGCAAAAGAUUUCCUUUGCAGCCUGCUUUGUACAAGCCUUUUUCUUUGUGUAUGUGGGAGCGACAGGCUUCUUCCUCACUGCUGUGAUGUCGCUAGACCGCUAUGUGGCCAUCUGCAGGCCUCUGCACUACCCCACCAUCAUGAGCUUGAGGACCUGCUCCCUCCUUGUCAUUGCCUGCUUUGCUGUGGGCAUCACACUCAUCAUGGGGCUCAUGGUGAAGGUUGCCCAAUUGUCCUUCUGUGGCCCCAGUGUCAUCCCUCACUUCUACUGUGACCUUGGCUCUCUGAUCCAUCUCUCCUGUUCUGAUACCAGAUCUACUGAAACAUUGGCCUUUGGCCUGGCUCUGCUCAUCCUGUUUAUUUCCCUGCUUAUAACCAUUGUUGCCUACAGUAACAUAAUAGUUACAAUCAUGCGCCUCCCAUCAGCCCAGGAGUGGCGGAAAGCCUUCUCCACCUGCUCCUCUCACCUCACUGUCCUCUCUCUGAUGUAUGGCAGCUGCAUUUUCAUCUAUGUGAAGCCAAAGCAAAGGAGCAGACUGGACUCCAAUAGAGAGGCUGCUCUAGUGAACACGGUGGUGACCCCACUGCUGAACCCUGUGAUCUACACCCUGCGCAAUAAGCAGUUCCACAAGGCACUGAGAGAGACAAUGUGCAGAAUAAAAAUAUCAACAUAA